CUCAGCUGCAUCUGACUAUUGCUGGGAGUCCUUCUUGUGUCCAUCCUCAUGAUGCUGUGGUCACUUCUUCUGGUCUUUGCUCCGGCAACUGUCCAGUCUUACUGGCUGAGCAUCUACAUGCCACGUGAUGCUUAUGAAGGAGACCAGGUGGUAAUAAGGUGCUCUGGGAAUAAUAAUGGUCAAAUAAGAAGACUAAAGUUCUACAAGGAUGGAGCUCAGCUCGCCACUUACAGUAGUGCCUCAAGCUAUACCAUUUCCAAUGCAAAGCGCAGUGAUAGCGGCUCCUAUUACUGUAAAGCAGACAGAGAACUUUUCCUAUUUGUAGAUGUGACGGAAGAAACAAACUCUGUGUGGCUCAGUGUCCGAGAGCUGUUUCCUGCACCUAUGCUGACAGCCAGCCCCACCCGGCCCACCGAGGGGAGCUCAGUGACCCUGACCUGUAGCACCCGGCUCCCUUCAGAUAGAUCAACCACCCAGCUACACUUCUCUUUCCUCCGAAGCGGCCACACCCUGCAGUCAGGCUGGAGAUCAGCAUUUAACAUCUCAGCAAUUUGGAAAGAAGCUUCGGACUACUACCAAUGCAAGGCAAAGACAGCAUCUCACAGUGUUUCCAAGAGCAGUGCACAGUCCUAUCUCGACGUGCAGAGGAUCCCUGUGUCUCAAGUCUCCAUGGAGACCCAACCUCCAGGAGGCCAGGCGGUUGAAGGGGAGACACUGGUCCUUGUCUGCUCCGUGGCGGAAGGCACAGGGUACACCACGUUCUCCUGGCACAGGGAGAACAUGAAGGAGAGUCUGGGGAGGAAAACUGAGCGUUCCCAGAGAGCAGAGCUGGAGAUCCCUGCCAUCAGGGAGAGCCAUGCCGGCGGCUACUACUGCACAGCUGACAACAGCUACGGCCCUGUCCACAGUGAGGUGGUGACCAUCACCGUGAGAGUUCCAGUGUCCAGUCCUCUCCUCACCUUCAGUGCUCCUGGAGCCUUGGCCUUCGUGGGAGAUGUAGUAGAGCUUCAUUGUGAAGACAGUAGAGCAUCUCCCCCCAUUCUGUACUGGGUUUUUCAUGAAAAUAUCACCAUGGGGAAGGCCUCAGCACCACUUGGAGGAGGAGUAUCCUUCAACCUGUCUCUGAGUGCCUGGCAUUCUGGGAACUACUCCUGUGAGGCGGACAAUGGCUGGGGAUCCAAGCGAGGUGCGGUGGUAACACUCCAUGUCAAAGAGGCCCCUCCCAAAGUCCGUCUGACAAACGGUGCCCACCGCUGCGAAGGACGGGUAGAGGUGGAACGGGAAGGCCGCUGGGGCACUGUGUGCGAUGACGGUUGGGACCUGAAGGAUGUGGCCGUAGUGUGCCAAGAGCUGGGCUGUGGAGCAGCCAAGCACACCCCUGCAGCCAUGCUGUACCCACCAGCGGCAGGCACGGCCCUGCCUGUGCUCAUUCAGGUGGCCCUGUGUAACGGGACAGAGCAGGCCCUGGCUGCCUGUGAGCAGGUGGACACCUUUGACUGUGGCCAUAAUGAGGAUGCUGGGGCUGUGUGUGAAGGCAUAAAGCAUAUACAAAAAAGCAGUACACAAUAAAGAAAUAAAUCAUCCAAAAUCCCCAUACACAAAAGUAGCUGCUGUUCUGGUACUUGCAAGGUUUAAUAAAUAAUAAAUGUACAAAUGAAUACAUAUUUGAAUUUAUUAUUCUAUAGGCUGUACAUUAUAGUGCUUAUUAAAUUUAACUAUACAGUGUUAAAGGAAACCCACAGAGAAAACACGCACACACAUAUGUGUGUGCUAUCUUGAAAUUUGAGUAAAAAUUUUUUAAUCCUAAAAUUGACCUUUCAAGGAAGAUUCUAGCUGGUGCUGGUGUCUCACACUUGUAAUCCUAGCUAUUCAAGAAUCUAAGAUGUGAAAGUCAAAGUUUGAAGACAUCCUGGGCAGAAAAGUCUAUGAGACUCUUAUCUCCAAUUAAACGGCAAAAUGCCAGAAGUAGAGGUGUGGCUCAAGUAGUAGAGCACUAGCCUUGAGUGAAAAAUAGCUUGGGGCUCAGUAUCAGCACAAGAGCCAGUGAGCAAGCAAGAAAGCAAGGAAGAAA